UCCUUCACCUUGGUUCUCAAUUUCAAUAGUUUGUGACGUCACUCCAUAAUGUGUUACCUUCCGUGCUUGUCAGGAUAGGAGGGAGCGAUUUUGUUCAUGUGAGUCAACGAUCAUCAGUCGUGUUAUUUUGUAACAGUACGACAUGGUGAGCUGCUCGCGUAACGUUUAUUUAUGACAGGGUUAGUGGAAAUGGCAUCUGUGCCACAUAUGAGGACAUCAAACGUGUUGGGAAAUCGGCCGGAUAGGAUUUCGUCUGACACUUUAGGAUAUUCCGGUUCAUCAUGGAGACGGGAUUCGGGUGAGAGGAGCAAGACAAACACGGACCAUGUUGUCUUGAAUGGUUUGCGUGUUGACUGUGAUCUGUCGUCAAAUAUACAGGAUUACAAUUCUAACAAAUCUCCAGAGACAAUGGGCGAGGUAGAUGGAACGUGCACUGUUGUGGAUUCAGAAAAUAUUGUGUCCGUACAGAACAACCCCUUUUUCAAGUCUUUUGGCAUCAAAACUUCUCAUAGAGAUUCUAAAGUAGAAGAAGGGUCGAAAAUAGCAGAAGUCGGUGGUUCUGUGAGGGAAAGUGAUUCUGUUUUUGAUGAUGCAGAGGAAGAGCAGGUGUACCAUCCUGGUUCAGGGUUUGUACACAAACUGUUGGACAAGUUUUCUUCUCUUAGUGCCAGGGAAGAGAGGAUUUUUCACCCCAAACGCACAGCAAGUUUAGAGAAUUUAAUUGCUGAUCCCACAGUUAAACAUUUAGGAUUACAUAAGUCAACAAAAGAUGAUAUUGUUACAAAGCCCAAUCUAUAUGUUCAUAUGUCAACUGGAAGUUUAAGUGCAGAAAGUCAAGUAAAUCAUCGAAUUAGACCACAAAAACCUCUACGUGUACCAGUGGCUCCUUUCAAGCAGAGUGUGUAUGAUUCUGAUCAGGAAAAGAAAAGAAUUAGAUCUCCGAGAGAUAGCUUUGAGCCUGCAGAUGUAAAGUUAGGUAGACAGGAUAUAGUGAUUAUCGAAAGUACACCAGUUUCUCCACGUAUUGACAACAAUGCACCAAUGUCGCCAACACCAGAUCAGUCGGGUAAAGUGGUUGACGUUAAUAACUUUAAGGAGGAAAAAUUGAACCAAGAUGAGCUUCCGAAACCGAACACUGUUAUCAAUUUUCGAAGCUUUUUUGAGUCGAAAAAGUCCAAGAAAGCCCCUCUUCCUCCAUCUCCAGUUCCGGUGAGCACGGUUUCUUUUGUUCAUCCUUUGUCCCCGACUGUGGUGGAGCCACCACCUCCUGUGAAGAAACCUCUGAUUCCAGCUCGCCCAGUUCUGCCCGUACCAAAAGAUCCCAUAAAGCCAGCGCCUUCUUUAAAAUUAUCCGAGACCAUGAAAUUGGUUUCUCCAAGGCAAACUGAGGCAAAUUAUUCAUCAAUUACAUCAAAUUCACCAAGAUACAAUGCAAAAACAGUUGCCUCCGUUGCCCCGUAUCGGGAUGAAACAGAGGAUAACGGUUCGACUAGUGGCUUGUUAAUAUUCACAUCAAAGCCAUCGGUUAAACCAAAGAAUAUUCCAUCUUGUAAAACCGAAUUCAUAAACAAAUCUGAGGACAGCACACGUACUUCAGAUGUGCAUGAAAAUAAGAGUGAUGUGUUUCACAAAAGUGACUCUUCUGUCUAUUCCAAGACUGUAACAACAGAAGAAUCCCAAGAAUCUGCCUUGGUGGACACAAAGGUUCAUGAACAAGAUGACAGUAUAUGUAAAAAUGAUACACAUGAGUCAGAAGAGAGUAGUUCUAAUGAACCAAUUCGAGGUGUUCCAACAUUCAUUGCCAACAGGCGGAAGAAGGAAGCAGAAUUAAGACUAGGGCAUCAGCAAGAAUCUGUAGUCAGUAGCAGUAGUAGGUCUAGUCCUGAGAUCGUGCGGAAUAUUGACUCUUUGAAAUCUUAUUCAGACAGCUCUGGCGUGGAUUUUCCAGUACUAAACAAAUACACUCCAUCACCCUCUACUUCAGACACCACCAAUUCAAUAUCGAAUGGCACCAGCGAACUGGAUGCAGCUCGUAAAAAUAUUGAAAAUGCUCGCUCAAAGACUCAAUCUCAGGGAGUGUCGAUGGUGUUUGACAGCAGUCAGCUGACGGUGAAGAAGCGUCCACAGUACGCUAGUUCUAAUAAUGUUCCGCGACUCGACCUCACCAGUAUUACUAAUGAUGUCAUGCAAAAUGGACAUUACCAAGAAGGAUACAAGCCCACUGAAAUUAAACCGUGCCGAAUUGAGUUUAUUGGUGCCAUGGUGAAGUUGGAACGAUCGCUGCUAGAGAAAAAUAAUGUCAAAAAGGGUCGAAUAACGUUUGCGGAUGACAAGACGAUGAUGUUCGAGUACCCGUCAGAGGAGUUUGUGUUGGCGGAGUACCUGAGUGAACACCCGGAUGAGAAGGAGGAUAUGUUGUUACUGCCGGAGCUCAACUCCCAGAGCCACGAGUCGACCGACGACGAUGAUGACGACCUCCCAGAAACACCACGCAGUGCCGUCAACCACGUCAGUGACAUCGAUGAGGUCAUCAGGUCCAACACAAGCUUAUCUCACUCUGGAGGACUCUCCAGUUACCGUGCCAAAUUUCAACAAGACUUCCAGUUUGGUGACCUGCUGAACCAACCGGAACCAGUGAAACACACCGAACCAGUGCCUGAACCAGUCGAUCCCGACAGUCUGCAGAUGAUGCCAGCCGAGAUAGACGAAACGGUCAUGUGGUCAUCGGGCGGGACGUCAGACUUGUUGUUUUAACCGCCAUUAUUACAAACACCAUAGACUGAAAGCUUGGAGUUGUGACAGCUGUUAUGCCAGCCAGCAGUGUCUGAAAUAUGUCUUUCCUAAUGGUUAUGGCAUAUGUUUGAACCAAAAUCUAGAAUUAUUGUUAUAAAACCUAAAAUGUGUAACAGCUAUUAGUCAUACAGAGUUUAAAAUGUGUUUUCUGCUGCUUACGACAUGCGUCUUGAACCAAAAUAUUCAAAUUUUAUUAGAAAACCUUGAACAUUUUUCUGAUAUUAGACCAAUGAAGUCUUAAAUACAUGUUUCCAGCUGGUUAUAACAUAAAUAAUGAACCAAAAUCUUCAGUUAUUAUAAAACCUUGAACCUGUAGCAGAUGUUAGACCAUCAGAAUAUACAAUGCAUAUGUUCUGCUCAUUGCAUCAUACACCAUGAACCAAAAACCUGCAAUUAUACAUAUAAAAUCAAUAACCUCGGUUUGUUUCCAGCUAAUUACUACAAACAUAUUGAACCAAAUAUCUUCAAUAAUUAUGUAUUUAGCAGGAUUUUUAAAAUAAGGGAAUAAUGUUAGGUUAAUGAUAAAACCAUCAGUUUAAUGUGUGGUAAAAUAAGCUUUGUGUUUGACAAACUAUGAAUGUUUGAAGUAUAUGUCCAGCUCAUGAAUAUAUAUCUAUGCAUUACAUUUGCACAAGACUUAUCAUGAUCUUAUUGUAACUUUAUUGUCGGAAUAUUUAUGGUGGUGUUCAGGUAGUGUUUGAAUGCCAUUUCAACCCAGGAAGCUGUUUGAAUACAUUCUUGAAUAUAAAAGUUCAUUUGUACCAUAUUAAUAGCAAUGAAAGUCGUUUAAGUAUUGCUGUUGGUUUCACAGUAAACGAUGUUGGGUGGUGGUUUGAAAUUAGCACUACCUCUCAAUGAAGAGAGUAUAUUGAUAAAGAUUUUUGGUUAUUAAACCUCGGAUUUUGUAAAUCCAGGGCUUCUAGAAUUUUUCAAAAAAUCCACUAGUCAUUGGAUCAGUGAUUUUAAGUAAAUACAAUUUUAAUAAUAAUAAUCGGAUAUGUCACCUAAAGAGGGAGAUAGAGCUUAAAAAC